AUGCCCAAAUUGCUCAAGAGGAAUAAAGACGGAGCAGGGGUCCCUACUGAUGUGGCUGCUGAGAAAAUUGACAAAAAGCUUGCUUCUUGUUCAUCAUCAUCAGCGUCUUCCAAGACCCAAAAGCAAAAUGCUCAUCCUGGAGGCACUGUUGACCUCCCUGAUGGUGUUCCCGAGGAUUCUGUUCUCAAGGGAGGGAGUGAGGCAGUGGUUGUUCCAGUUGAUCAGGGAGCAUCUGGCACAUCUCCUAUUCUGUUUGCUACUCCGGAGGGAGCGAUUCGAUGGAGCCAUCCUAGCUUGGAUACUGCUCCUCUCCCCUAUUUAAAAUGGGGAAAAGCUGAUAAACGAAAACGGAUUGCUGAAGUGAGACUGGGAAAUUCCCACAAGAAAUGUAAGCCAGUGGCACUUCCACCAAAGGUACAGACGGCGGAAAACCAUCUUACUAUAUGUCCUAACCCUACGGCAGCGGAGAAGGGUUUGGAAGUGUGCAGUGGCUUGUCUGGUGCAGAAUUACUAUCUGAGAUUCAAAGCCGUGUCCCUCGUUUCAAAGAACAAGGAAGGCCUGCUCAGAAAGGAGUCAUAGAGCUUGCAUCCAGACUUCAAGAGAUGGAGACCGCGCAGAAUGAAGCCUUAAAAAUGUGUGAUGACCUGCGUGGGAAAAUACAAGAACAGUGGAAGAAAAACGCCUCUGAUCUUAAGGCCCAGGAAAAUUGUAUGUUGCAGCUGAGAGGAGAGUGCGCUAAAUUGAAAGGUGAAAGGGGAGUAUUUUUACGCACUCUUAUAAAAAAGUUUCUGGAAAGUUAUGGCUUCAUGCAGUUACUUGGGAAACUGACCAACCCAAUACUAGCUUUUGGGCGGCACCAAGCAGUGGAGAGAUUAUCCUCCGUCCAGAAUCUGCCUCACUGUUUUAUGCGAGGUUUUGAUAUGUCAGCCGAGGAGAGGUUGAAUUAUACGAUUAUCUCCAUCAUCAAGGACCCAAAUUGUAAAUUUCCACUGAUAGAAUAUUUGGCAGGUCUUUCUGAGCCUUUAUCUCUGGAAGAAUUGGAGAAUCUGGAGGAAGAUCAUAAUGUCGAAAUGGACAAUGUUCCUACAGCACCACCAGAUAACGAUGAUGCUGUUCUUUUUGAUACUGAGUGUUUUCAGCGAGCUGCCAUGGAGAAGUUAGAGGUGUCAAGUGAGGUUACCAAGUUUCCUUGGAAGAGGGUUGUUGAGCUUGAAGCUAAACUUCAAGAUAUGGAGACUGCCCAUAAUGAAACUCAGAAAACUUUUGAUGAUCUGCGGGGGAAAAUGGAAGAGCGCACAGCCGAGCUUAAAGCUCGUGAAGAUCGGAUUGUGGAGCUAGAAGAAGAGUGUGCCAAGUUGAAGGGUGAAAGGGGUCCUUAUUUACGAACUCUUAUCCGAAAAUUUCUACAAAGUAAGGGCUUCUCCAAGUGUUUGCGUGGUCUAGACAGGUCAGCAGAGGAGAGGCAAAAUUAUACAUUCGUCUCCAGAAUCCAGGACGAGAAUCUUGAGUUCCCACUGAUUGAGUAUUUGGCAGGUCGUUCUGAUGCUUUGUCGCUGGAAGAACUGGAAAAUCUAAAGGAAGACCAGAAUGUGGACAUGGAUAGCGUUCCUACAGCAGCAAUGGACGAUGAGAACGCUGUUCCGUUUGACAUGGAGGAUGAUGCUGAAUGUGUUCAGCAAGAUGCUAUGGAGGGGUUUGAGGUAUCAACCAAAGAGGAUAGGGUUAUAAGUCCUGUAGUUUCAUUGGCUAGAGAUGACUCCCCCUUUGAUGAGGAUGAAAAUGCUUAUGAGUGGGAGUCAGAGUCGGAACAACAGGUUGAGUCAGACCUGCCAGACGUGAUUAUUCUGGGGUGGAAGAAUACAACUAAGGCCAGACCUGGUCCCACAGAAAAAUUGCAGGAACCGUGUGACUACAGUUUAAUCACCAUAAAAUGGCAGGAAGAAGAGAUCAAACGUCUUGAAAGUUUAAUUGAAGGAGCUAGGGCCACUGCCAAGUAUUGGAACGACGAAGCUGUUAUCUCUCAUGCAGAAAUUGAAGAGUUGAAGAAGACGCUUGAGGAUAGUUCUGAAGAGAUCGACCAUCUUGAAAAUUUAAUUGAAGGAGCUAGGGCCGCUGCCAAGUAUUGGAAGGAUGAAGCUGUUAUCUCUCAGGCAGAAGUUGAAGAGUUGAAGAAGAAGAUUGAGGAUGAUUAUGAAAAUUUAUGUGAAGAAGAGGAGAAGAGGGGGGAGCUGGAGGCCCAAUUAGAGCAGUUGUAUAGUGAUCGUCGUUUUCUGAUGGUGGAAGGAAUCCCUAUGGUGGCAAGAAAGUUGCUUCAAAGUGACGAAGUGCAUCAGAUCUUGCGACAGCUCUGCAAAGAGGUUAGGGUGAAAGCAGAGGCCAAGGCGGCACAUAAGCUGAGAAAGAAGUACUUCCCCCAGGUUCUAAUGGCAGAGUUGCCGUUUUGUUACAAUGGGAAUUUUAAAGCGAAAAUGGAAAAUAUUUACAAGCAAUUGGUGGAGAAGAAGUACAAGUAUUUGGAAGAUAUAGCCUCUAACCCUGAUAUAUCCAUUGAAAACUUUCAGAAGCUGGAGUCUCAGAAGCCCUCUUCUCGAGUUCAUGGUGGGAUGGAGAAUGAGGUUCCUCCUCCACCUCCUCCGGCAGAAUAUUGGUGGAAUUACAAUGACGGCUGGCUGAUGCUGAAAGAUUAG